GGCCAUGGAGACGGCAGUGAUUGGGGUGGUGGCAGUGCUAUUUGUAGUCACUGUGGCCAUCACUUGUCUCCUCUGCUGCUUCAGUUGUGACUCAAGGGCCCAGGAUCCUCAGGGGCAUCCAAGCCAUAGCUUCACUGUGGCCACAUUUCGCCAGGAUGCGUCUCUCUUCACAGGACCAGGUCGUCACCCCCAAGCGGUGACAGGUGCCCGGGACUUUUGGACCUUCCUGUGAGGCCUAAUGGCCCCCAAGACUUGUUCUGCUGGUGGAUUCAGACUCACCUACCCUGCCCCUCCCCCACUCCCAGGCAAGACUUCCCUGCUAUCCCACUCCCCAGAGUCUGGCAUCCUUGUCUGUCCUGCGUCCAGCCAAUUCAUCCAGCUGGAUGAAUGGCACCCAGCCAUCUUACCCAGUUUGCUGUGACUUCUAGCUCAGGCGAUCGGAGACGGUGGGACCAGGCAGGAGUCAGCUCUGGCCUCUGAGAACUCAGCUGGACCCUGCCCACAGGAGGGUUCUUAGGAAGGAUCUGAAAAGCGACUAAACAUGAUGCUGAUUGAACGGUGGGCCGGCUCAUCUGGCCUGCACAGGGCCCUAAUAUCACAGGAAUCCGUGGUAAACAGGGUCUGGGUGAACUCAGGUUACUGGAGGAUGGCUGCCAAACUCAUUGAAUUGCCACCAGGGGAAGCAGCGCCCUCAAGUGCACAGUGUCACUUCUUACCUGCUUCCCCAGUUAAGUUUUUUUGUUACUUGAAUCUGCACUUUGCUCACAGCCCAGCCAAGGCCUGGCCCCUACCGGGUGUCUGAAAUCAGACCUGAAAUUGUGAAACCAAAAAGCUGCUUUCUGGGAACCAGUGAUUUAUUUUGUAAUUGAAAGUGUGUAUCCUUUUAUGGGUCUCCCAAGAAUCAGAGUUGAAAAGCCACAAAAGGAAACAAGAGAAAAUAAGAUCACGGAAAGCAUGAGAUGUUUUGCAACAGCAAAGCCUUAUUUACAAGAAGACUUUUAAUAUGUUUUGAAUGAGACUUUCCUACUGUAACAAGUCACUUCUAUUCUUAGAGUGAGUGACUUGAGUCACUUAGAAAUGAGAGAAAAACCAUGAACUGAAAGAUUAUUCCAAAUAAGUUAAGAUAUUAUGUUACACGGAGAGCAUGUAGCAAAGCUCAUUUUCAUCACAAAUGAAGAGAUGUUCAGUUUUUAUUAGUAGAAAAUCUGCUUUCUCUGUGCCCACGAAAUAAAUGCUGUACCGUAUUUCAAGAGUGCUGUGAAGUGUCGUCCGGCUUGCAGGUCCAUCUAGCCCUCAAUGGGGCACUCUCCCAGGACCAAGCCGCUGGGGCAGGGCUGACCCUGA